GGGGUUCCACCUCGGGUGGGGGAAAAAGUAGAGCUUUUAGACGCCUCUAUUAUGUUUCAACAUUUGAAAUACGCUGCAAUGUAGAUGUUGCUUCUUAGUGUAGUAUCAUGAGGUUUUUAUAUAUUCAGCCGCAGAAUGACAACGACCUGCGGCGCUAACCGCGGGCAUUGUGUGAGUUUACAUGCCAGUGAUGUGACCCAGAGUGAAAACAGCUUGAAGAGAGGAGAUAAUGUCAUAAAGUAGACGCACUGUGAAGGCAGAAUGUCCUCAAGCCACCGUCUAAGGGAUAUGGAGCAACAGCGCCCCCUGCUGGACGGGGAGGAGGAAGCGGAGGAGGUGGUGGCGGAGAGGAGUUCCCGAAUCGAGGUUAAGCAGCUAUGGUUCAUCCAGGACUGCUGUGGCAUGGUGUGUGCCUUCAUCACCUGGUUCCUGGUCUUCUUCGCUGACUUUGUGGUCACCUUCGUCAUGCUGCUUCCCUCCAGGAGCUUCUGGUACGCUGUGAUCAACGGGGUGGUCUUCAACAGCCUGGCUGUGCUGGCGCUGGCUUCCCACCUGCGCACCAUGCUGACCGACCCAGGAGCUGUUCCUAAAGGAAAUGCCACUAAGAAAUAUGUGGACAGUCUGCAGCUGAAACCAGGCAAGGUCAUCUACAAAUGUCCUAAAUGCUGCAGCAUCAAACCUGAGAGGGCUCAUCACUGCAGUAUCUGUGAACGCUGCAUCCGCAAAAUGGACCACCACUGUCCCUGGGUCAACAACUGUGUCGGAGAGAAGAACCAGCGCUUCUUCGUCCUCUUCACUGUUAAGUCCAUUUAUGACAACAACAAAAAAAAUGUUUUGAUGUACAUCGCUGCAAUCUCCAGUCACGCUCUGGCUCUCUGCGGGUACCAGUUCAUCACCUGCAUCAGAGUCCAGUGGAGAGAGUGCAGCGAUUUCUCUCCUCCAGUGACGAUGAUGCUGAUGAUCUUCCUCUGCAUGGAAGGCCUCCUCUUCUUCACCUUCACAGCUGUCAUGUUCUGUACUCAGCUCCACUCCAUCUGCAACGAUGAAACGCAACAUUGGAUGGGAUGACACUGAUCCAGAUACAAUUUUUUAAGAUGACCAUAUUACCAGUGCUUUCAAUGGGACUACAUAUCACACUGAAGGCUACUGUGGUAUGUAAACAACAACAGGUAAAAUUGCCCGUGGUGAUUCAUAUGAAGAAACAGAAAACAAUACAAACAUCCCUUUAUAUUAAAUUUAAAAAAAAUUAAACAUCCACACCCUCAUUUGACCCACAACAAAUUAAAAAAAAAGAUAUAUAUAUACACAUUAUCCAUAUACAGUAGGGUUUGAACAAAGUACAUUCACAGUUCUUCACCCAAAGUUUGAAGCCAUGCUUUUAUUAGGUGGAUCUGAAGUCUGGCUCUGAAGUCUGGCUCUGAAGUCUGGCUUUGCUUUGCUGUUGAUGAGUGAGAGUGAUUUUUUCUCUGCCAGAAGAAUCUGUGUCUCUACUCUUUCUGUUUCCUCUCUAAGAAGAAAGAUCUUUAGAAUGAGUGACUGAGUGGACAUACAACAGAGGAUGCAAUUAUAUGAAAUUAAAUUAAUAUAACAUUUUAAAUAACCCUAAAUUUAAUAUUUUUUGUCUGAUUUGGAGGAUCAUUUGAGGUGGACAAAAUACUUUUAUUUAACCUCAAUGUACAGAAAGACUAAUUUCUACUUAAUCUACUUUAAUUCUGUAAUUGUGAAAAAAAUAAAAAUCUGUGCAAAAUAUGAAUAAAUGUAUAUAUACUACAUGAUAUAAAUGUUUAUUUGACCAAUUUCAAAGUUUCAUAACAUUAUGUUCCUGAAAUCCAGUCUGAAUCCCCCAUUCUGCUGGGAUCAGAAUAAUCCUGAUUUUAUCCCAAUCCCAAUAACCCGUUUUGAACAACGCAAACUGAAGGUUUGAUCUGGAUUAAAAUCAAGAUUGGUUUACAUAAUCUAAUCCAAAUCCAUAAUCUGUUUCUAGUUUUGAACAACCCAUUGGAUUUGAUCCAAUCCAUUAUCCAAAAUCAAGUCAGAUAACGGGACAGCCCUGACUACAUGUGUGAACGCACCACAGACACAUUGAAGGACACACUUCUCAAGUGACGUUCCCUGCAUAAUCCUCAUUCGCGCUCACGUCGGAUCAACUGACUGAAGUUUUCAAGAAUAUUCACGAAGAGUUUUACUCAGCUUUAUUUGUUUGUUCACCGAUCUCCUUCUUACAGCACACAUAGGCAAACCAGGCAGGCUCUCGAAAAGUAGUCCACUGACUCGAUCGUAGUGAUCUUACUGAUACUGUUACAUCUGCCAUAAGCCUAUAUCAGACUCACAUGUACUGU